AUGUCAAACAAGGAACGUACGUUUAUCGCCAUAAAGCCUGAUGGUGUUCAGAGAGGACUUGUAAGCAAAAUUAUCAAACAAUUUGAACAACGUGGAUACAAGCUUGUGGCAAUGAAAAUGGUUAAAGCAACUCGUCAACAUCUUGAAGUUCAUUAUCAAGAUUUGAGUAAGAAGCCGUUCUUCCCGGCUCUGAUUGAUUACAUGGCCUCUGGACCAAUCGUCGCGAUGGUUUGGGAAGGUUUGGAUGCUGUAAAACAGGGGCGUGUUAUGCUUGGCGCUACUGAUCCGUUAUCAAGCAUGCCUGGUACGAUUCGUGGGAAUUUUUGUAUUCAAACUGGGCGGAACAUCUGCCACGGAUCUGACAGUGUUGAAUCGGCCAAACAAGAGAUUGCGCAUUGGUUUAAUCCACAGGAAAUUGUGGAUUGGGACUCGGCACAGGCUAAGUGGACCUAUGAAUAA